AACAUGGGCUGGGACAGCUGGGGACAAAGGUCUCUUCUCUGCUGGCACCCCAGCACUUCCCCUAGGUACACACACCUUGUGCUCAGCUCUGCGGGGAAGGUCCCCCUGCCUGCAGCCAGCACCAUGGUGGAGCUCAGCAAAAAGGUCACCGGGAAGCUGGACAAGACCACGCCGGGCAUCCAGAUAUGGAGAAUCGAGAACAUGGAGAUGGUGCCGGUGCCCACUAAAAGCUAUGGCAACUUCUACGAGGGGGAUUGCUAUGUGCUGCUGUCGACACGUAAGACUGGGAGCAGCUUCAGCUACAACAUCCACUACUGGCUGGGUAAGAACUCAAGUCAGGACGAGCAGGGGGCAGCCGCCAUCUACACCACGCAGAUGGACGAGCAUCUGGGCUCUGUGGCUGUGCAGCACCGUGAGGUCCAGGGCCAUGAGAGCGAAACGUUUCGUGCGUACUUCAAGCAGGGACUCAUCUAUAAGCAGGGUGGGGUUGCCUCAGGCAUGAAGCACGUGGAGCCCAACACCUACAACAUCCAGCGCCUGCUGCAUGUGAAGGGCAAGAAGAAUGUGGUGGCUGCGGAGGUGGAGAUGAGCUGGAAAAGCUUCAACCUGGGUGAUGUCUUCCUGCUGGACCUUGGCCAGCUCAUCAUCCAGUGGAACGGCCCUGAGAGCAAUCGUGCCGAGAGGCUGGGGGCGAUGACCCUGGCCAAGGACAUUCGGGACCGAGAGCGUGGGGGACGUGCGAAGGUUGGUGUGGUGGAAGGUGAGGAUGAGGGGGCCUCACCUGAGCUGAUGCAGGUCCUGACACAUGUGCUGGGGGAGAAGAAGAACAUCAAGGCAGCCACAGCCGAUGACCAAGUGCACCAGGCGCUCAACAGUGCCCUCAAGCUGUACCAUGUCUCUGAUGCCAGUGGGAACCUGGUCAUACAAGAGAUAGCAAUUCGCCCCUUGACUCAAGACAUGCUCCAGCAUGAGGACUGCUACAUCCUUGAUCAAGCUGGUCUCAAGAUCUUUGUGUGGAAGGGAAAGAAUGCCAGCAAGGAGGAGAAGCAGCAGGCAAUGAGCAGGGCCCUGGGCUUCAUCAAAGCCAAGAAUUACCCGUCCAGCACCAGUGUGGAAACGGAAAAUGAUGGGUCUGAGUCCGCUCUCUUCAGGCAGCUCUUCCAAAAAUGGACUGUUCCCAACCAAACCAGUGGGCUGGGCAAGACCCAUACUGUGGGCAAAGUGGCUAAGGUGGAGCAGGUGAAGUUUGAUGCCACCACAAUGCACGCCAAGCCUGAAGUGGCUGCCCAGCAGAAGAUGGUGGAUGAUGGAUCUGGGGAGGCAGAGGUCUGGCGGGUGGAGAACCGGGAGCUGGUGCCUGUGGAGAAGCGGUGGUUGGGCCAUUUCUACGGCGGGGACUGCUACCUGGUGCUCUACACCUACUACGUGGGGCCCAAGGUGAACCGCAUCAUCUACAUCUGGCAGGGCCGCCAUGCCAGUACGGAUGAGCUGGCCGCCUCAGCCUACCAAGCUGUUAUCCUGGACCAGAAGUACAACAACGAGCCCGUGCAGGUGCGCGUCACCAUGGGCAAGGAGCCGGCCCACCUGAUGGCCAUCUUCAAGGGCAAGAUGGUGGUGUACGAGAAUGGCUCCUCGAGGGCAGGGAACACGGAGCCGGCAUCCUCCACUCGGCUCUUCCACGUGCGCGGCGCCAAUGAGUACAACACCAAGGCCUUCGAAACACCCGUUCGAGCUGCUUCUCUCAACUCCAAUGAUGUCUUUGUGCUCAAGACACCCGGCUGCUGCUACCUCUGGUAUGGGAAGGGCUGCAGCGGGGAUGAGCGUGAGAUGGGCAAGAUGGUGGCUGACAUCAUCUCCAAGACUGAAAAACUGGUGGUCGCUGAAGGGCAGGAGCCACCUGAGUUCUGGGUAGCUCUGGGCGGCAAGACGAGCUAUGCCAACAGCAAGAGGCUACAGGAGGAGAAUCUCUCUAUGCCACCCCGGCUCUUUGAAUGCUCCAACAAGACAGGCAGGUUCUUGGCCACUGAGAUUGUCGACUUCACCCAGGAUGAUCUGGAUGAGAAUGACGUUUACCUUCUGGACACUUGGGACCAGAUUUUCUUCUGGAUCGGGAAAGGUGCCAAUGAGUCAGAGAAGGAGUCUGCAGCAGUGACAGCACAGGAGUACCUGCAGAGCCACCCUGGCAGCCGUGACCUCGACACCCCCAUCAUUGUGGUGAAGCAGGGCUACGAGCCCCCCACUUUUACCGGCUGGUUCAUGGCCUGGGAUCCCCUCUAUUGGAACGACAAGAAAUCCUAUGAUGAGCUGAAAGCUGAGCUGGGGGACAACGCCAGCAUUGGGCACCUUGUGUCAGGGCUCACUUCCAAGAAUGAGAUCUUCACAGCCACCACCACACUCGUCCCCACCAAACUGGAGAUCUUACCAUUGGAUGUGCUGGUGAACACUGCAGCUGAGGACCUGCCCCGGGGCGUGGAUCCCAGCAGGAAGGAGAAUCACCUCUCCGACGAGGACUUCAUGGCUGUUUUUGGUAUGACCCGCUCUGCCUUUGCCAAUUUGCCCUUGUGGAAACAGCAGAAUCUCAAGAAGGAGAAAGGACUCUUCUAGGAGGGGAGGCUCAGCCCACAGCCAUCCCAAGCAAGCACAUUAUUUUUACUAAAUAAAAUGGAUUUGGAAUGGG